GGGCGGGGAAGGUGAGGGCCGGUGUGGGAAAGGGAGCGGAGCCUGCAGUCCCUACAUGCGCAGAGCCAGGUGUUGCUUGCCCAACCGGCCGAGGAGAGCAGUGGCGACGGGUGAUCCUAACUGGGGACUUGGUUCGGAGGGACGUUCGCUUCUGGCAGAAGGAUUGAAGAAAGUUGGGGACGCCAACGUCUGGAGCCUCGCUUGAGGGAGGGAGGACACGCCCGCCGGUGAAGAAGCGUCCCCUCCAGAGUUUGUGGGGAUCAUGGCUCUCCACCCCCGCAGAGUUCGGCUGAAGCCUUGGUUGGUGGCCCAAGUGGAUAGUGGCCUGUACCCUGGGCUCAUCUGGCUACAUAGGGACUCCAAACGCUUCCAGAUUCCCUGGAAACAUGCCACCCGGCAUAGCCCCCAACAGGAGGAGGAAAAUACCAUUUUCAAGGCCUGGGCUGUGGAGACAGGGAAGUACCAGGAAGGGGUGGACGACCCCGACCCAGCUAAAUGGAAGGCCCAGCUCCGCUGUGCGCUCAACAAGAGCAGGGAAUUCAACCUGAUGUACGACGGCACCAAGGAGGUGCCCAUGAACCCAGUGAAGAUAUAUCAAGUGUGUGACAUCCCCCAGCCCCAGGGCUCUAUCAUUAACCCAGGAUCCACUGGAUCUGCUCCUUGGGAUGAGAAAGAUAAUGAUGUGGAUGAAGAAGAUGAGGAAGAUGAGCUGGACCAGUCACAGCACCACGUUCCCAUCCAGGACACCUUCCCCUUCCUGAACAUCAAUGGUUCCCCCAUAGCACCAGCCAGUGUGGGCAACUGCAGUGUGGGCAACUGCAGCCCCGAAGCAGUGUGGCCCAAAACGGAACCUCUGGAGAUGGAAGUACCCCAGGCACCUAUACAGCCUUUCUAUAGCUCUCCAGAGCUGUGGAUCAGCUCUCUCCCAAUGACUGACCUGGACAUCAAAUUUCAGUACCGUGGGAAGGAGUAUGCACAGACCAUGACGGUGAGCAACCCCCAGGGCUGCCGGCUCUUCUACGGAGACCUGGGGCCCAUGCCUGACCAGGAGGAGCUCUUUGGUCCCGUCAGCCUGGAGCAGGUCAAGUUCCCAGGUCCGGAGCACAUCACCAAUGAGAAGCAGAAGCUGUUCACCAGCAAGCUGCUAGACGUCAUGGACAGAGGACUGAUCCUGGAGGUCAGCGGUCAUGCCAUCUAUGCCAUCAGGCUGUGCCAGUGCAAGGUGUACUGGUCUGGGCCAUGUGCCCCAUCGCUUGUUGCCCCCAACCUGAUCGAGAGACAAAAGAAGGUCAAACUGUUUUGUCUGGAAACGUUCCUUAGUGAUCUCAUUGCCCACCAGAAGGGACAGAUAGAGAAACAGCCACCAUUUGAGAUCUACUUAUGCUUUGGGGAAGAAUGGCCAGAUGGGAAACCUCAGGAAAGGAAACUCAUCUUGGUUCAGGAAGAAAUUAUACAUAAUUUAAACUCCAGGACCUAAAUGGAAAACAAGAUGCUUAUCUCUGGUUGCAGGUUCCAACCCUCCUGAAUACUGAUACCUAUGUGUGCCAUGCCAUAUUAAGAAAGUCCAUGUCUGCUCUGCUACCCUUAAAGCAAGCCACCUCCUACUUGCUACUGUAGUUGAGCUAGCUGUAAAGUUGGGCUGGCUUUAUUUCAAAAACCCCUCAAUCACAAGUGGCAAUGGGACUUAUUUAUUUAGAAAGCUUAAGCUGUGGUUUUAGGGUCUCUGAGGGACCUAGUAGUAUCUGCUGUUACUAAAGCAUGACCAAGAGAAAUCUGGGUGCUCAGGUGCUCAGCUGUGAGCAGAAGUUGGGCUUCUAGAGACCAGGAAACAUGCAAGGUAUAGGAACUUUAUAUUUUGGGGGCAUUUUGUUGAGUGGGUGAAGUGAGGGAUUUGGUCUUGUCUGGCUGCCUCUGUCUGUAUCUGCAUAGCUCAAAGUUAAAAAGAAUCCACAGAAAAUACAUUGGGAGGGCAACUGCUGGAUCUGGGCUGGUCCCUUCCCCUUAUUCUGUGAGAUGCUAACAGCCAGGCUGUACACCUGGGUGGGGGCCCAGAAAAUGUGAGCUGGCAAAGGGUGUAGAGAACAGUGUUCUUAAGUGCCAAGAAGGAUUGAACUUUUAGUAUGUGAUUGUAAUGAAAAGCUGAUGAAUAUGUUAGAGGAAUGGAUGAGUGGUUUUAUGUGGUCUUAACCCAGUAGUGUAGUUUCUUCCUUGUUCUUUAUCCUUUUCAGAACAGUGGGAGAGUGCAUGCAGGGCUCUCCACUGAUCUCCCUCAGUGCUCCUUCUCUGGUCCUGAUACCACGUGUCCUUUCUUGGAGACUCAGUCUGCUGUCUCCUUUGGUGGCUACACCACUCAUUCCCUUGGUGUUUUCUACUUCCUUGCCUUCACCUUGCUUAAGACUGGGAAGGGAGUUAGGUGGUGUCCCCAGCUUUUCGUUUUCUUCACUGUCCACCCCACUAAACUAGAUUAGCUGUAGGUGUAAAUUGGGAGGGCAAAUGUUGGAUCUGGACUGGUCCCUUGCCCACAUAAUCAGGUCCCUGGCUAUAUGUUCCCAUAGCACCCUAUAAUUCCUCUUUCAGAAUAAUCAAUUCCCUUGUAAUUGCUCAGUUUGUGUCCUGCAUGACUACAGACUUGCUGGAGGUAGGGACUGUUUGUCUUGGACUUUGCUGUCAGCCCUUAGCACAAUGUCUGGUACAUAGUAUGUUCUCAAAUAUUUAUUGUUAGAAUAAAUGCGUUAACUCAAUACGUCCUUCAUUUCAGAAACUGAUUGCUAACUACCAUGGGAAAAUAAAGUAAAUAUGGGGAUGGAAAAAAUUCUAAAAUUAGUUUCUGCUCUGCUUCUGACUCCCUCUGAGCUAAGAACGUUAACGUGGGAGCCCCUACAAGCUGGACCUCCUUCCAGGCUGGCCCCACCUUUACUCUACGGUGGUCUCUUUUCACAGUCUGAAGAUGCCACCAAGGUACAGCCAGGAGUGAAACUUCCAGUGUAGGUGACUGCAGCUCCCUUAGCCUCUGCCCUGCCCAUGUAUCAGUAAAUUUGGGCUAUUUCUUCAGAUACGAAUUUUCUCAAGAAGUUCUUUCCCUUCGUGGUAUGGGUCAUAUCACUGGUAGUUAAACUUUCAGUGAAAUAACUUUUUCUUCCUAAUGACCUGAUUGAAAAGCUUCUGCACCUCU